GCGGCGUUUCCGGGUAGGUAGUGAGACAGCCAUAUUUGAUUCGAUUAUGCUGUUCUGGCUGCGACGGGCAGUUUAGCCACUCCAUCAGAAAAAACGGUGUUUUUUCUUCACUGCGAGGCCAGUUACAGAUUAAUCCGCGACGACCUGCAGCUGAAUCCACCGCAGUGACGGUUCUGAGCCUGUAGUCAACGAUGAAUCCUGAAUAUGACUAUUUAUUCAAACUGCUCCUGAUCGGGGACUCUGGGGUCGGAAAGUCGUGUCUCCUGCUCCGGUUUGCAGAUGACACGUACACAGAGAGCUACAUCAGCACCAUUGGCGUGGAUUUCAAGAUCAGGACUAUCGAGCUGGACGGGAAGACCAUAAAGCUGCAGAUUUGGGACACGGCGGGUCAGGAGCGCUUUCGCACCAUCACGUCCAGUUACUACAGAGGAGCUCACGGCAUCAUUGUGGUUUACGAUGUGACGGACCAGGAGUCCUUCAACAACGUCAAACAGUGGCUACAGGAGAUCGACCGCUACGCCAGCGAGAACGUCAACAAGCUGCUAGUAGGCAACAAGUGUGACCUCACAACGAAGAAGGUCGUGGACUACACCACAGCUAAGGAGUUUGCAGAUAACCUGGGGAUCCCCUUCUUGGAGACGAGCGCCAAGAGCGCCACCAACGUGGAGCAGGCCUUCAUGACCAUGGCGGCCGAGAUCAAGAAGCGGAUGGGCCCGGGCGCCACGGCCGGCGCCGCCGAAAAGUCCAACGUCAAGAUCCAGAGCAAGCCAGUCAACACCUCGUCUGGGGGCUGCUGCUGAGGCCCGAAACCGCCACACGCCGAACCCGCCCCUCCCCCGAGUCUCAAUGUAACCAUGGCAACCACAGAGUGUGAGAGAGAGAGAGAGAAUGAGACAGCACGAGUGAGAGAGAGACUGAGUGGUUUGUAAUUGUGUGUGCAGCUCCACCAGGCCCCACCCCUUUGUCAAAGACCCCGCCCUCGCCCCCACCCACACCGGGCUUUCUUCUAAUUUCCUAAAAGUAAAGCGACGUGUCCCAUUUUUAACAGUGAAGCCCCGCCCCUGUCUCCUCUCACAUCUCGAGUUAUUCGGCCCGCCCAGUGAAGCACAUGCUUAAACCAGCAUCAUGCAUGCCCCGCCCCCGCCCCGCCCCCACUGAUCCAACUUCACAGGGCCGCCCUGAAAACGCCGUGCCUUCAGGCCGCAGACCCUCGUCACAUUCUUGCCUUCGGCGCUCUCGUGUUGUUGGCUGAGAACUCCACCCCCCCCAACAUUCCUGUACGCGCCCAUAAGCAUGUGCUGCAUCUGGACGGGUUCCUUCGCCCAUGUUUCUCCACCUACAGCACAACCACGCCCGGAGAAGAGCCCUGCUGAAGAAGAAGCUCCAAACUGUACAUAUUUAUACAUACAUGUAUGAUCUGCAGAGUAGAGCAGCGGCGGCGACGCGCUGCACGUAGAAAUCUCAGCACGUGAUUUGUGGCUGCGGACGUGACGUUUUUGUGGCACAAAUUCAAAUAUUAAACCAUGAAGGAGAUCUUUGAUAACU